AUGGGAAUCCCAGACAAUUGUGAAAAUACUGGAAAAUGUAUAGCAGAUGUGGGGAAAAGGCAACAACAUUGGAAAAUAAAAGAACUCAAAACACAAGUUGAGAGAACUCUGUUUGCUAAUACCUAUGGACUGCAUUUGGAGUCUUUAAAAUUAUCUGACACUCUGGUGCUGGAUAUGAAUUGGAAUUUACAGAAGGUGGAACCAAAAAGGGUUAUAAAGAUUUACCAGAAGUUGAAAAGCAGAAAAUUAAAGAAGUUCUUUUGAUCCAGGAUACGUUUUCUGUGGGUGAAGCAGCAUACCAUGAGCUUUCCAUGAUCCCGGCAGGUCAAACCCUCCCUCGGUUGUACCUGGUUAAGCACUGCAAGGAUUCCUUGAAUCAGUUGUGUCACAUCGAGCGAACACCAGGGAAAAAUGAAGGUGCCCAGGUCAACUUUUAUGAUGCACUCAGGAAUCCAAUCCAAAAUCAUGUAAGUUAAUCGAUCAACGAAAAACAACAUCCUGCAUGUGUGUGUAUCAUUGCAUAUAUUGCAAUAUAAUGAAGGGGAAAUUAUUUACCCAGAUUUUUUUUUACUCUUGUAUAAAUGAGAACCUGCACUGCAAAUGGUGUAAGUCCUCCUGAGAGAUACAAUAUAAAGUUAAGUGGGGAUGGUGCCAAAAUGACGAAGCUUACUGGCUUCAUAGUCAUCUCAUUUUCAAUUUUGAAUUCUGGAGAUGGUGUGAUGUCUCCAAAAGGUUAGCCUAUCCACAUCUCAUUGCACGCCGCUAUGAUGUUAUUGUCCAAUUUGUAAGAUGGAAUUAGACUGCGAACAGUGUAUGUACACAGAAAUUUCUAAAUUCCAGGAAAUUACACCCUUGCUAUAAUAAAGGGAAAGGACUGCUAUGAGACCCUCAAGUCCUCAUGUAGCAAAAUUUUUAGAGAUGUCAACAAAAUUGUGGAAACUGGUGUGCUGCAGCUUGAUGAUGGAAAUGAAGUCCCAAUUGACAUAUAUUUGGAUGGAGACUAUAAGGUGCAGUACUGGUUUUAAGGAUUUUGAGAGUAAUCAGUUCUACCAAUCAAUAAAUAGAAUUUUUUAAUUGACAUGUUUUUCAUUUCUUCCCAAGUUUGUUUUAAUACUCAUGGGGAUGAAAGGAGCAGUGUCUGAUUACGCCUGUAUCUGGUGUAAAAUCCACAAGAUGCUAUGGUACAGUACAGAAUGAAAUAUUACAAUGAAGAAUGCACAAAUUAUUGACAAAACUCAUACCAGUGUCACAAUCGUCCCAUAUCAUUCACCAAUUUAACAAUAUUCAUUAUAGGCAUGAUAUGACAAAGCCUCAGGAUUUUUAUUGGACGAUAGACAUUAAAAGAACGUUAGAAGACAUCAGACAGUGCUGCCUAAAGAAGCAGUUUUCAUGUGACUGCCCGCCUCUGUUAAACAUUCCGCUUGAGAAUGUCGUCCUUGAUGAGUUGAUCCAAACGCCUAACAAAACAUCAAAGUGGGAACCGUAA